ACCUACGUCUCCGCCCUAUACCCGCCGUGGGGGCCACACCUGCCGGGACCAAGGGCUGCGGCUCCGGCGCGCGGGCGCGCAGGGGUAGAGCUGGGAACCAGGUUGGUGAGGAUGGAGAGGGUGAAGGCGAAGAGGAGCCUAGAGAACGGAAAGGAGACGGAAAAAGGGAAAAUUAGGGACAAAAGAAAGGAGGAGAAAGCGAAAAGGAAGGAAUCGGAGGAGAAAAUUAAGGGAAAAGAAAAGACGGGGAAAGAGAAAGGGAAGGAGGAGAAAAAUAAGGAGAAAGAGGAGAAGAGGAAAGAGCAAGGGAAGGAGACAGAGAAAGAGAAGGAACAAUUAAAGGAAAAAGAAGAGGAGAAAAAGAAUAACAGCGUCUUGACGAGACCCCCGGUCGAGCCGCCGGAGAAAAACAAGCAGAUCAUAGUACUGGGCUUGGAUGGAGCAGGAAAAACCAGUAUCCUCCACUCUCUAGCUUCAAACAGACUCCAGCACAGUGUGGCACCUACCAAAGGUUUCAAUGCAGUGUGCAUCAACACUGAAGACAAACAGAUGGAGUUCCUGGAGAUUGGUGGCAGUGAACCUUUCCGUUCUUACUGGGAAACGUACCUAUCCAGGGGAUUGCUGCUGAUCUUUGUGGUAGAUUCAGCAGAUCACAACCGAUUACCUGAAGCCAAAAAACAUCUUCAUCAAUUGAUAGGAACAAACCCGAUCCUUCCUCUGGUCGUGUUUGCAAACAAACAGGAUCUUCAAGCAGCAUAUCAUAUAACAGAUAUCCAUGAUGCUUUGGCAUUAUCUGAGGUGGGAAAUGACAGGAAGAUGUUCUUGUUUGGAACCCAAGUGACUGAGAAUGGUGCAGAGAUACCCUCCAUCAUGCAGGAUGCCAAAGACCUGAUCGCACAUCUGGCUGCAGAUGUGCAGUGACCAGGACCUGGCCCAUUGCACAGAUCACCAUCUACAUGUCAUCAGGAGUGCUAAGCUUCAAGCUUGAAGCCAAAGGCUCCCACGUUCAAAUAAAAAAUAAGCCAUUUCCUAUUUUUUCAAUGCAUGGCAUAUGUACAAAGAUAAUGUUAAUUUAUUAAGAGCAUCUAUUUAGGUUUUGAACUUAAAAAAUACUUGUAGACAAUGUAUUUUGGGAUUUUAACCAACAGAAUUAAAAUGAACAUGAGCAAGUA